GUCGACCGGCGGCGUCGUCGAUCGUCGGGAAAAAUUCAUCGUUCCGGCGAAAUUCAUACCGCUGCAGUCCGCGGACGUACCCGCGCUGUGAACCUAAACGGAUUUUUAUUGUCGCCAAAAGGUUGACUGUUGUGCAGCAAGUUUAGUGUCGGUGACCGGUUUAAUAGUGUCUCAUCAACGAAUAAUACUACCUAGUAAAUUGCCAUCAAAUUAGGAUGGUGUUACUGGUGCGAGGCGUGGUUCAGGACGAACCACCGCCGGACACGAGGACGCUGUACCUCAACCAUCCGGUACUGCGAGAUUCCGCAUCACAACUGCUCACCAUCUCUACAAAAGUAGUUGGGCCCAUAGGGCUCCUUUACGUGUGCCAACGGGAGAUGGCUGUGACCGUACCGCAUGACAAAAACGUGUCGAUUAUUGGUUCUGACGACGUUACCACUUGUAUCAUUCUCGUACUCCGACAUACCGGUUCCGGAGCCGUGGGAUUCGCUCAUCUAGACGGUUCGUGUACUGAGGAAUGUGUGGUGAACAUGGUGCACAGGAUCCAAGAACUGUCCAUGGGCUUUCCGGACGGCCGGCUGGAAAUGUCUCUGAUUGGUGGAUUCACUCACGUGUUACGUUAUAGCGAACAAGUGUUUUAUAGUCUGAUGGUUGCAGUUCACAAACAUCAAACCGAAAUCGAACUUGUGCUUGCGUGUGUUGGAGAACUUAACACUAUUAUGCGAAACAACGUCCACUGGCCAUUGCUUUAUGGAGCUGGAGUUAUGGUCAAGAGCGGUGAAGUAUUUCCGGCUAACUUUCCUGACAAAGGGCCUGAACAACCCCUGAGACUUGCUCGACUGUUUACAGGCCUGCAACCAGUGUUGGAUGUGUAUGACUGCAGCUUGGGUCUUUUAAGAAUCGGACCGUUUAACUACGAACCCAUGCGCAGUGUCGAUUUGUGGCUUCAGCAAUCCGAUGAAUUCAUCCUGCAAGCUUUGUCAACUACGCCCGACGUAGAACCACCGCACACAGUCAUGGCCAUACGAGCCUCUCUGAAAUAUGUUCAAGAUCAUCCAUUUCCGGCGGUUACGGUCUUCAGGGACAAUCGGCCAUUAUACUAUAGACGAGAUGAACACUCAGGCACGUGGACUCCAUUUCGAUAUUAAAGAAAUAUGAAUCUAUAACUCGACAAUCCAACGAUAAAAGUGUCAAAUGUUUGUAUGGCGUCAAUAGUUCGGUAAAAUUCAAACGUAAAUUAUCAUUGAAAAAAAAUUACCAGUGUUAGUUUUUUUAAUAUUAAUUAUUUUUAUUUAUAGAACAUUCCAUUUCGUUUGCCCUAAUCUUGUGUUUUAUAAGCUGUUCAUUUUUAUUUUUAAGUGCCUUUAUAGUUAAAUUCGAUUUUUUAAAAGCUGUU